UAAAUACGUAGGGAAUUGACUAAGAACACGUUAGAGUAACUGCAGCAACAUGUCGAGCCGGGUGCCUAUUUUUGUUUUGGUUAUCAUAUUGACUAUACUCUUAUCCGACAUAAGAAGUGAACAGGAAAGCGGCGAAACUCAUUUGGAGAACGCCAAUCAACAGCUUCAAUUUAUUUUGGAUACCAUAAGUCAACACGAGCGUCAGAGAGUACAAGAAAUUAUUGAUAACUCGAAAUUGGAUAACAGAAAACAGCGACCAAAUAGCAAGAGAUUAAGAUGGAAUCGAAAAAAGACUACCCCAAAUCGCAAGGAUCUUGGAAAAUUGGAACAUAGAGCAUUUGUUACCUCCUCCUCCUUGUCUCAACAACAAACCAAUUCGGAUUAUAUUAAUGUAAAUAAUUAUUUGCCCACCCCUGCUCCUUGGUGGUUUAACUAACCGUUGACUUUACUUAUAUUUAGUUUGUAUUCUUUGUAGUUCUUAUUCGAUGAGAACUAAGCAAUACCACCAAUUUUUUUUGAUUAUUCCAUACAUUCUAGCUUAUUGUACACGUUAUUUUAUCAUUAAGUGAAACGCUUUUCAACCAAAUACAGCACUUAUUUCGAUACACAAUCCAUAAUUUUCGGAGCUUUUAUUGUGGUUUCCAAGACAUUUACCAUAGGUCUAAAAGCUUUUAGAUCAAACUUUUACAAACGGAUUAGCCAAACUUCUGUAUAAUUCUAUCGGAUAAACGAUUCGGGCCCCCUUUGAUUCUUGUUCAUUACAACGAACCGGUACCGAUCGAAACUUGGAAAACGAUUUGCAAUUUUAACCUUUGUUUGAGGCGCAAUUUGCUUGCUUAUAAUCGAUUCAAUUCGAUUAAUAUUAAUCGAUGGGAUAUUAAGGAUAGUGUAGCCCCUUACCUAUUCUCCAUUGCAGUAACUGAGUUACGGGUGACUCGACGACAGCAUUUCCUCUGGUUUUUAUUAAAAAUGUUAUUUAAAUUUAAAUAUAUUGAAAUAUUACAAUUUUGAAAUAUGUA